GGGAGAGCGGAUAUAGUGAAUGCGGGGUCCGGGGAGAGCGGAUAUAGUGAAUGCGGGGUCCGGGGAGAGCGGAUAUAUUGAAUGCGGGUGUCCGGGGAGAGACGGAUAUAGUGAGUGCGGGGGUCCGUGGAGAGCGGAUAUAGUGAGUGCGGGGUCCGGGGAGAGCGGAUAUGUGAAUGCGGGGUCCAGGGAGAGGAGAUAUAGUGAAUGCGGGGUCCGGGUGGAGAGCGGAUAUAGUGAAUGCGGGGUCCGAUGGGGGAGAGCGGAUAUAGGGAAUGCGGGGUCCGGGUGGAGAGAGGAUAUAGUGAAUGCGGGGUCCGGGGGAGAGCGGAUAUAGUGAAUGCGGGGUCCGGGGAGAGAGGAUAUAGUGAAUGCGGGGUCCGGGGAGAGCGGAUAUAGUGAAUGCGGGGUCCGGGGAGAGAGGAUAUAGUGAAUGCGGGGUCCGGGGAGAGCGGAUAUAGUGAAUGCGGGGUUUUCGGGGAGAGAGUAGGGGAAUGCGGGGUCCGGGAGAGCGGAUAUAGUGAAUGCGGGGUAUGG